AUGGGCGGUGGGGCGCGACAGGCCAUACGGCGGGACACGGGGUCCAUGCGGCGCCGCGUGCGGCUCGGGCUGCCGCUGGACGGCAACGUCGGCAAUGAGAUGCCAGCUAGCUGCAAAUUGAAUGUUGAUGUGGGCAGUUCGCCAGUUCGGAGGCCCUCAGGCCUCAGCUCCGGCGGUGCACCGCCACCAUGGGAGGCGCGAGCGCGAGAUGUCAUGUGCCGUGGGCACGGCCCACUCGCUGGUGCAGCCUCGCAUGGUGGCUCCAGUUGGUGCUGCCCUGGCCCGGACGCCCGCUUCAAUGCAACUCUAAUGCUAGAGAUGUUGCGGGGUAAACGAAUGCUGUUUGUUGGAGAUUCUCUGAACCGUGGGCAAUAUGUAUCAUUGGUUUGCCUCCUGCAUCGAAGCAUCCCUGAGAGCUCCAAGUCAAUGGAGACAUUUGAUUCCCUUACAGUUUUCAAAGCAAAGGACUAUAAUGCCACCAUUGAGUUCUACUGGGCUCCCUUUCUGGCUGAGUCAAAUUCUGACGAUGCUGUUGUGCACCGUGUUGUGGAUCGAAUUGUAAGAGGAACAUCCAUUGAGAAACAUGCCAAAUUUUGGAAGGGGGCUGACAUAUUAGUAUUCAAUACCUACCUUUGGUGGAUGACCGGACAAAAGAUGAAAAUUUUGAGCAAAGAUUGGGGUGAUGAUACUGACGGGAACUGCUACAACCAGACAACUCCUAUCAAGGCUUUGUCUUACUGGGGACCAGGCACAAGCAAGGGCCUGAUGCGAGUCAUUGGGGAAGUAUUCGGCGCGUCCAAGAUCCCCGUGGGGGUUGUGAACAUCACCCAGCUCUCUGAAUACAGGAAGGACGCGCACACUCAGAUUUACAAGAAGCAGUGGAACCCGCUAACCCCGGAGCAGAUCGCGAACCCAAAGAGCUAUGCGGACUGCACGCAUUGGUGCCUGCCAGGGCUCCAGGACACAUGGAACGAGCUGCUCUACUCCAAGCUCUUUUUCCCCUGA